AUGUCUGGGGAGAAGCAGGGCCCGCAGGUGCCGGUGAUCGUGUACGAGCCGCGGCCCGAACCCUCGGCCCCGGAGUUCGGGCAGGACGGGGGCUACGAGUAUCCUUCCCCCCCGCCCUACUCCUACCGAGAGAGCGUCACCAUCGAGCAGCCCGUUUAUUUGGUGCCCCAGCCUCCGAUCAUCGUCGCAGGGAUCUUCUCCAGCAAACCAACCUCCACAAUCUGUCCUUCCUGCCGCCAGCACAUCACCACCCAGGUCACCUACAGACUGGGCAGGCUGUCCUACCUCCUGUGCACCAGCCUGUGCAUGGUUGGGUGCUGCUUCGGAUGCUGCUUCGUCCCUCUCUUUGUGAAGCUCUUCAAGGACGCAGAUCAUUACUGCCCAUGCUGCCAAUUUCACAUUUAUAGAUACAAAAGACUAUAG